AUGACUACUGUUUUUUCUAAUAAAUCAAAUACCCAAACUCUUGCUAAAUACCUUUCACUCGACCAAGGCGAUAAAAUCCAAGCUGAAUAUAUUUGGAUUGAUGGUAACAGUGGUAUACGUUCAAAAACCACAACUCUUGAUUCCAAACCAACCGACGUUUCUGAACUUAAAGAAUGGAAUUUCGACGGUAGUUCAACAAAUCAAGCUCCAGGUCACGACUCUGAUGUUUUGUUGAGACCAGUUGCCAUCUUCAAAGAUCCUUUCCGCGGUGGUGAUAACAUCUUGGUGUUGGCUGAAUGCUACAAUAGCGAUGGAACUCCAAACAAAACUAACUAUCGUCACAAUUGUGCUAAAAUCAUGGAAACUCAUGCCGACGCUCAUGCUUGGUUUGGUAUUGAACAAGAAUAUACCUUGCUCGAUUUAGAUGGUCAAGUUCUUGGUUGGCCAAAAGGUGGUUACCCCGGUCCUCAAGGUCCUUACUACUGUUCCGUUGGUGCUAAUAACGCUUUUGGUCGUGAUAUUGUCGAAGCUCAUUAUCGUGCUUGUCUUUAUGCCGGUGUCAACAUCUCUGGUGUAAAUGCCGAAGUCAUGCCUGGUCAAUGGGAAUUUCAAGUUGGACCAUGUGAAGGAAUUGAUAUGGGUGAUCAUUUAUGGAUGGCAAGAUAUUUGUUGAAUCGUGUUUCCGAAGAUUUUGGUAUAGUUGUAUCAUUCCAUCCUAAACCAAUAAAGGGUGAUUGGAAUGGUGCUGGUUGUCACACCAACUAUUCAACUGAGGCAAUGAGAAGUGAGGGUGGCAUAGAAGCAAUCAACGAUGCUAUAGAAAAAUUGUCUUUACGUCAUAAUGAACAUAUAGCUGUUUAUGGGGAAGAUAAUGAACUACGUUUAACUGGUGCUCAUGAAACUGGUCAUAUAUCACAAUUCUCAUCUGGUGUUGCUAAUCGUGGUGCCUCCAUUCGUAUUCCUAGACAUGUUGCUGCUCAAGGUUAUGGUUACAUGGAAGAUCGUCGUCCAGCUUCAAAUAUUGAUCCUUAUCGUGUCACCCAUAUCAUAGUUGAAACUACUUUAUCAUAA